UUUAGAGUACGACGUGUGCAUUUGUCGUAAUGCAUUAAAAUUAUUUUUCAAUGUCUGUCAGCAGUUGACAAUAGUUUACAAGUGUUUUUACGAAUCUAAAAAUUAUUACUGAUGGCGUAUCAAAUUGUAAGAAGACGCGCUAAACCUUUUCCAUCGGUAAAACUAUGGUCGAAAUUUCAAAAUCAAUUAAGCACAAUGGAACUAGCGCAACUGACACCAGAAGGCAUAAUCAAUGAUAAAGUUAAAAAAGCAUGCGUCACUAGACUAAAACAAAUAAAGAUGACCAAGAAAAGUGAUGGAGAUCCAAGCCAAGCUGCUGUUCUUGUCCCUUUAUGUGUGCAUAAUGGAAAAGUUGGUCUCCUGUAUACUCUUCGUUCACAAAAAGUUAGAAUGAACAGACGACAGGUAUCGUUUCCAGGAGGCAAGAAAGACAAAGAUGAUACAACUUUGGAGGAUACAGCGUUGAGAGAAACAUUUGAAGAGUUAAACAUACCAAAGGAUAACGUGAGCGUUUGGGGUAGUGGUAAUUUUAUUCAUAGAAAAGAUGUGAUAGUGUUGCCUGUGAUAGGUUUCAUCGGUGAAGUAGAUCCUAAAAGCUUGAAGAUUAAUACUCACGAGGUGGAGGAAGCAUUUGUACAACCUCUGGAAAAACUAUGUGAUCCAGCUCUCUGUAGAUACACACAAUUUAGAAAUAAUUAUACACUGCCAGCAUAUCUAGGAGGAAAUCAUAAAAUUUGGGGUUUAACAGCUGCAAUCACGCACAUGGUCAUGAGUGCGCUCCUACCAGAUGUUUACAAGCACAAACUUGUCUACCUGAAGCCCAUUGCUGCAGCCCAUGAUGAUUCCUUCACUGCCAGUGCUGUAGACGACUAUGAAGCAAGGAACAAAUAG